GGGCUUUCCUCCCUCUGUCCCUCUGUCAUUAUGGACUCACAGGCCAGGGUGGCCUUCCCCCUAUUGCUUAUGACACCUUGGGCCUUAGAUGGCUCUUGUUUAAAUCUCUAGGGAUUUUGAAAUAAAGCGAGCUGUGGGGUUGAGGUGGAAGGGUUCCAGGGCCCCACUGCAGCCCCGCUGGGCUGCUUUAAGAUCAUUUCCUCCCAGCCUGGGUCACUGCUGCCACCCGGUGCCUUGAAGGUUAAACGCUCUGGGGGAUAUUUUUAAACAGCAGGGACUGGUCAAUCUAAAAGUGACAUUUACAGUGACAGCGGUGAGCUGCCAGCAGCUUAGAUCCAGGCCUCAGCCAACAAGGAGCUUGAAAAAUGUCAACCCUGGAGACACAGUUUGGAAGCCAUGGGGAAAGCAAGGCCAAAGUGUGAACACAGUUGUCUGAAUGGUCUUGCUUCUCCUUCUGACUUGCCUGGUUUUCUCCUGCCUGACCUUUUCCUGGCUAAAAAUCUGGGGGAAGAUGACAGACUCGAAGCCGCUCGGCAACAGUAAGGUGGAAGCGAGCCUCCUUUCAAGCGAGGAGUCCCUUUCAGCCUCAGAGCCCUCAGAGGAGCAGCUACAGAAACAUGGCGACUGCAGCUGUCUGUCCUACAGAGGUUCCAAAGACACCAGUCAGCAGAGGAACUCCCUGCCAAACUCACGCCAGAAGCCUCCGAGGAACUCGCUGUCUUCCAAUGAUACCUGGCCCUCCCCAGAACUCCAGACCAACUGGACAGAGGCCCCAGGCUCAGAGGUUCCAGAUGCCAAUGGGUUGUCCUUCCCAGCCAGGCCUCCAAGCCAGAGAACUGUAACCCCCUCCAGAGAGGACAAGAAGCAGGCACACAUCAAGAGGCAGCUGAUGACCAGCUUUAUCCUGGGCUCCCUGGAUGACAACUCCUCUGACGAGGACCCUAGCGCUGGCUCCUUCCAGAACUCCUCCCGAAAGGGCAGCAGGGCUAGCCUGGGCACUCUGUCCCAGGAGGCUGAUCCUGAGUUUCACACACCUACUAUGAGGCCCAGCAUGUCUGGACUCCAUUUGGUGAAGAGAGGCCGUGAACACAAGAAACUGGACCUGCACAGAGAUUUCACUGUAGCUUCUCCAGCCGAGUUUGUCACCCGCUUUGGAGGCAACAGGGUCAUAGAGAAGGUGCUCAUCGCCAACAAUGGCAUCGCUGCCGUCAAGUGUAUGCGCUCCAUCCGCCGCUGGGCCUAUGAGAUGUUCCGUAAUGAACGUGCCAUCCGGUUUGUGGUCAUGGUGACCCCUGAGGAUCUUAAGGCCAAUGCAGAGUACAUCAAGAUGGCCGAUCAGUACGUUCCUGUCCCAGGAGGGCCCAAUAACAACAACUACGCCAAUGUCGAGCUGAUCACAGACAUUGCCAAGAGAAUCCCCGUGCAGGCCGUGUGGGCUGGCUGGGGCCACGCUUCGGAAAACCCCAAACUUCCAGAGCUGCUGUGCAAACACGAGAUUGCUUUCCUAGGUCCCCCCAGUGAGGCCAUGUGGGCUCUGGGAGACAAGAUCGCCUCUACCAUCGUAGCCCAGACGCUGCAGAUCCCAACCCUACCCUGGAGCGGAAGUGGUCUCACAGUGGAGUGGACGGAGGGGAGCCAGCAUCAGGGCAAAUGCAUCAGCGUCCCGGAAGACGUUUAUGAGCAGGGCUGUGUGAAGGAUGUGGAGGAAGGCUUGCAGGCAGCAGAGAAAGUAGGAUUUCCUUUGAUGAUCAAAGCCUCCGAAGGUGGAGGAGGGAAAGGGAUCCGCAAGGCUGAGAGUGCGGAGGACUUCCCCAUGCUUUUCCGACAAGUGCAGAGUGAGAUCCCAGGCUCACCAAUCUUUCUCAUGAAGCUGGCCCAGAACGCAAGGCACCUGGAAGUCCAGGUCUUGGCGGAUCAGUAUGGAAACGCUGUGUCACUGUUCGGACGAGAUUGCUCCAUCCAGAGGCGGCACCAGAAGAUCAUUGAGGAGGCUCCGGCCACCAUAGCCGCUCCUGCUGUGUUUGAGUUCAUGGAACAGUGUGCCGUCCUCCUGGCCAAGACCGUGGGUUAUGUGAGCGCUGGCACUGUGGAGUACUUAUACAGCCAGGAUGGCAGCUUCCACUUCUUGGAGCUGAACCCACGCCUGCAGGUGGAGCAUCCGUGCACUGAAAUGAUCGCAGAUGUCAACCUGCCUGCUGCACAGUUGCAGAUUGCCAUGGGCGUACCCCUGCACCGGCUGAAGGACAUACGGCUUCUAUAUGGAGAGUCCCCCUGGGGAGUGACCCCAAUUCCUUUUGAGACCCCCUUGAGCCCUCCCGUUGCCCGAGGCCAUGUCAUUGCAGCCAGGAUCACCAGUGAAAACCCAGACGAGGGUUUUAAGCCAAGCUCGGGGACAGUGCAGGAGCUGAACUUCCGCAGCAACAAGAACGUGUGGGGUUACUUCAGCGUGGCUGCUGCCGGGGGCUUGCACGAGUUCGCUGACUCCCAGUUUGGGCACUGCUUCUCCUGGGGCGAGAACCGUGAAGAGGCCAUUUCGAACAUGGUGGUGGCUUUGAAGGAACUGUCCAUCCGGGGAGACUUCCGGACCACUGUGGAAUACCUCAUUAACCUUCUGGAGACCGAGAGCUUCCAGAACAACGAUAUCGACACGGGGUGGCUGGACCACCUCAUUGCUCAGCGGGUGCAGGCAGAGAAGCCGGACAUCAUGCUCAGUGUGGUGUGUGGGGCCUUAAACGUGGCAGACUCGAUGUUCAGAACCUGCAUGACGGAAUUCUUGCACUCCCUGGAAAGGGGUCAGGUCCUCCCGGCUGAUUCUCUGCUGAACAUUGUGGAUGUUGAGUUGAUUUACGGAGGCAUCAAGUAUGUUCUCAAGGUGGCCCGGCAGUCCCUGACUAUGUUUGUCCUCAUCAUGAACGGCUGCCACAUUGAGAUCGAUGCUCACCGGCUGAACGACGGGGGGCUGCUCCUGUCUUACAACGGCAGCAGUUACACCACAUACAUGAAGGAAGAGGUGGACAGUUACCGGAUCACUAUCGGUAAUAAGACGUGCGUGUUUGAAAAGGAAAAUGACCCCACCGUCCUGAGAUCCCCCUCGGCUGGGAAGCUGAUGCAGUACACAGUGGAGGACGGAGACCAUGUGGAAGCUGGGAGCAGCUACGCUGAGAUGGAGGUGAUGAAGAUGAUCAUGGCCCUGAACGUGCAGGAGAGCGGCCGGGUGAGGUACAUCAAGCGGCCAGGGGUUAUCCUGGAGGCUGGCUGUGUGGUGGCGAGGCUAGAACUUGAUGACCCUUCAAAAGUGCAUGCGGCGCAGCCAUUCACAGGGAAGCUCCCUGCCCAGCAGACUCUGCCUAUCCUCGGAGAGAAGCUGCAUCAGGUGUUCCACAGCGUCUUGGAAAAUCUGACCAAUGUCAUGAGUGGCUACUGCCUGCCAGAGCCCUUCUUCAGCAUGAAGCUGAAGGACUGGGUCCAGAAGCUCAUGAUGACACUCCGGCACCCCUCCCUACCUCUGCUGGAGCUGCAGGAAAUCAUGACCAGCGUGGCAGGCCGCAUCCCGGCCCCCGUGGAGAAGGCAGUCCGCAGAGUGAUGGCCCAGUAUGCCAGCAACAUCACAUCGGUGCUCUGCCAGUUCCCCAGCCAGCAGUGCUGGGCCUCAGGCAUGCUAGGCAAGCACUCUACCACUGAGCUACAUCCCGAGCUCCUGAAGAUCGCCACCAUCCUGGACUGCCACGCCGCCACCCUACAGCGUAAGGCAGACCGAGAGGUCUUUUUCAUGAACACACAGAGCAUCGUCCAGCUGGUCCAGAGAUACCGCAGCGGGACCCGUGGCUACAUGAAGGCUGUGGUGCUGGACCUCCUGAGGAGAUAUCUGAACGUGGAGCAUCAUUUCCAGCAAGCCCACUAUGACAAGUGCGUGAUCAACCUGAGGGAGCAGUUCAAGCCAGACAUGACCCAGGUGCUGGAUUGCAUCUUCUCACACUCCCAGGUGGCCAAGAAGAACCAGCUAGUAACCAUGUUAAUAGAUGAGCUGUGCGGCCCAGACCCCGCCCUGUCAGACGAGCUGACCUCCAUCCUCAACGAGCUCACGCAGCUGAGCAGGAGCGAGCACUGCAAGGUGGCCCUCAGAGCCAGACAGGUUCUGAUUGCCUCCCACCUCCCCUCCUACGAGCUGCGGCACAACCAGGUGGAGUCCAUCUUCCUGUCCGCCAUCGACAUGUAUGGCCACCAGUUCUGCCCAGAAAACCUCAAGAAAUUAAUACUUUCAGAAACGACCAUAUUCGAUGUCCUGCCCACUUUCUUCUAUCACGCUAACAAGGUCGUCUGUAUGGCGUCCCUGGAGGUUUACGUGCGGAGAGGCUACAUCGCCUAUGAGCUAAACAGCCUGCAGCACAGGGAGCUCCCAGACGGCACCUGCGUGGUGGAGUUCCAGUUCAUGCUGCCAUCUUCCCACCCCAACCGGAUGGCCAUGCCCAUCAGCGUCUCUAACCCUGACCUGCUGAGGCACAGUACGGAACUCUUCAUGGACAGUGGCUUCUCCCCACUGUGCCAGCGGAUGGGGGCCAUGGUGGCCUUCAGGAGAUUUGAGGAAUUCACCAGGAAUUUUGACGAAGUCAUCUCCUGCUUUGCCAACGUGCCUGUAGACAUGCCUCUCUUCAGUAAGCCGUGCACCUCCCUGUACUCAGAGGAGGACAGCAAGAGCCUCCGAGAGGAGCCCAUCCACAUCCUGAAUGUGGCCAUCCAGUGUGCCGACCACAUGGAGGACGAGGUGCUGGUGCCAGUCUUCCGUGCCUUUGUCCAGUCCAAGAAACACAUCCUUGUGGACUAUGGACUCCGAAGAAUCACAUUCCUUAUUGCCCAAGAGAGAGAAUUUCCAAAGUUCUUCACCUUCAGAGCUAGAGAUGAGUUUGCAGAAGACCGGAUUUAUCGCCAUUUGGAGCCUGCCCUGGCCUUCCAGCUGGAGCUGAGCCGCAUGCGCAACUUUGACCUGACCGCUGUGCCCUGUGCCAACCACAAGAUGCAUCUUUAUCUGGGAGCCGCCAAGGUGAAGGAAGGGUUGGAGGUGACUGACCACAGGUUCUUUAUUCGAGCCAUCAUCCGGCACUCAGACCUGAUCACCAAGGAAGCCUCCUUCGAGUACCUGCAGAAUGAAGGGGAGCGGCUGCUGCUAGAAGCCAUGGAUGAGUUGGAGGUGGCGUUCAACAACACCAGCGUGCGCACUGACUGCAACCACAUCUUCCUGAACUUCGUGCCCACGGUCAUCAUGGACCCACUCAAGAUCGAGGAGUCGGUGCGUGCCAUGGUCAUGCGCUAUGGCAGCCGGCUGUGGAAGCUCCGUGUGCUGCAGGCCGAGGUUAAGAUCAACAUCCGUCAGACAACCUCGGACAGUGCCAUCCCCAUCCGCCUCUUCAUCACCAAUGAGUCCGGCUACUACCUGGACAUCAGCCUCUACAGAGAAGUGACAGACUCCAGAUCGGGAAACAUCAUGUUUCACUCCUUUGGCAACAAGCAAGGGAGCCUCCAUGGGAUGCUAAUCAACACCCCCUACGUCACCAAGGAUCUGCUCCAGGCCAAGCGAUUCCAGGCGCAGUCCCUGGGGACCACCUAUGUGUACGACUUCCCAGAGAUGUUCAGGCAGGCUCUCUUUAAACUGUGGGGCUCCCCAGAGAAGUACCCCAAAGAUAUCCUGACGUACACAGAGCUGGUGUUGGACUCCCAGGGCCAGCUGGUGGAGAUGAACCGGCUUCCUGGUUGCAAUGAGGUGGGCAUGGUGGCUUUCAAAAUGAGGUUCAAGACCCCAGAGUAUCCAGAAGGCCGGGACGCCAUUAUUAUCGGCAACGACAUCACCUUCCAAAUUGGCUCUUUCGGCGUAGGGGAGGACUUCCUGUACCUGCGGGCAUCUGAGAUGGCUCGGAUGGAGGGCAUCCCCCAAAUCUACCUGGCAGCUAACAGCGGGGCCCGUCUGGGCCUGUCCGAGGAGGUCAAGCAGAUAUUCCAAGUGGCUUGGGUGGACCCGGAGGAUCCCCACAAAGGAUUUAGAUACCUGUACCUGACUCCCCAAGACUACACCCAGAUCAGCUCCCUGAACUCAGUGCACUGCAAGCACAUCGAGGAUGAAGGUGAAUCCAGAUAUGUCAUCGUGGAUGUCUUCGGGAAGGAUAGCCUGGGUGUGGAGAACCUGAGGGGCUCGGGCAUGAUUGCUGGAGAGGCUUCUCUGGCUUACGAAAACACUGUCACCAUCAGCAUGGUCCUGGGAAGAGAAGUCUACACAUCCAACAACCAGCUGGGUGGCGUGCAGAUCAUGCACACCAACGGGGUCUCCCACGUCACCGUGCCAGAUGACUUCGAGGGAGUCUGCACCAUUCUGGACUGGCUGUCCUAUAUACCAAAGGACAAUCGCAGCCCAGUCCCCAUCACCACUCCUUCCGACCCCAUCGACAGGGAAAUUGAAUUCACCCCAACCAAAGCUCCCUAUGACCCUAGGUGGCUGCUUGCAGGGAGGCCUCACCCAACUCUGAAGGGGACCUGGCAGAGUGGAUUCUUCGAUCAUGGCAGUUUCAAGGAAAUCAUGGCACCCUGGGCCCAGACCGUGGUGACUGGGCGAGCAAGGCUGGGGGGCAUCCCCGUGGGAGUGAUUGCUGUGGAGACUCGGCCUGUGGAGGUGGCUGUCCCUGCAGACCCUGCCAACUUGGAUUCUGAGGCCAGGAUCAUCCAGCAGGCGGGCCAGGUGUGGUUCCCGGACUCAGCCUACAAGACGGCACAGGUCAUCAGGGACUUCAACAGGGAGCGCCUCCCUCUCAUGAUCUUUGCCAACUGGAGAGGCUUCUCCGGCGGCAUGAAGGACAUGUACGAACAGAUGCUGAAGUUUGGCGCCUACAUCGUGGAUGGUCUCCGCCUGUUCAAGCAGCCCGUUCUCAUCUACAUCCCUCCCUAUGCUGAGCUCCGUGGGGGCUCCUGGGUUGUCCUCGACUCCACCAUCAACCCCCUGUACAUAGAGAUGUACGCGGACAAAGAGAGCAGGGGGGGUGUUCUGGAGCCCGAGGGCACGGUGGAGAUUAAGUUCCGGAAGAAAGAUCUGGUGAAGACCAUAAGGAGGAUAGACCCAGUGUGUAAGAAGCUUGUGGGACAGCUAGGGAAAGCCCAGCUCCCUGACAAGGACCGGAAGGAGCUGGAGGGCCAGCUAAAGACCCGGGAGGACCUGCUGCUUCCCAUCUACCACCAGGUGGCAGUGCAGUUUGCCGACCUGCAUGACACACCGGGCCACAUGCUGGAGAAGGGAAUCAUUUCUGAUGUGCUGGAAUGGAAGACUGCACGCACCUUCUUCUACUGGAGGCUGCGCCGGCUGCUGCUGGAGGCCGAGGUGAAGGAGGAGAUCCUCCGAGCCAGCCCGGAGCUGAGCCACGAGCACACGCAGUCCAUGCUGCGACGCUGGUUUGUGGAGACCGAGGGUGCCGUCAAGGCGUACCUAUGGGACAGCAACCAGGUGGUGGUCCAGUGGCUGGAACAGCACUGGUCAGCCAGGGACAGUCUGCGCUCUACUAUCCGUGAGAACAUCAAUUAUCUAAAGCGGGACUCUGUCCUCAAGACUAUCCAAAAUCUGGUUCAAGAACACCCAGAGGUAACUAUGGACUGCGUGGCGUACCUGAGCCAGUACCUCACACCAGCCGAACGGAUACAGGUGGCUCAGCUACUGUCUACUACAGAGAGCCCAGCUUCCCCGUGAUGAGCAACUCAGGCCAUCCCCAGGACCCUGGACAGUGGGGGUGGCUGUGCGGCAGGACUUCGAGGGACACUGGAGCUUAUUUUGGGAGAAUUCACAGAGCCACCCUGAACACUCCAAAUGUAGCUGUGGUUCCUGACCAGUGUCUUCCUGGACAAAAGGUCCCUGUGCCCCUGCUAGGUGGGCACAGGCUUCCCUCACCUGGGGACUUCAGGGUUUGUCCCAGUGGAUAACUCUGCUGCUUCUCUGAGGUGAACUGAGCCAGGCACCCCAAGAUCCUUGUGGGUUUUUUGCCCGGGAUGGGGAUCCAGUGUCUCAGUGUUCACUGUCUGAUCACGAGACACUUGUUCCACCACGUUGGUUUGCACUCAGCCCCUUGUGCCCCUCAGUGGAGUAAAUGGGCCAAAGAAAACGCCAGAUGAGGCCCAAGAAAAUGUCUUUUUGUGAUGAAGCUUAUUAGACACUUAGGUACCCAAGCAGGGGCGAAAAUGAUUUCCUUUUUUUUUCCAUUUAUGAAAAUAAAAUGACAUUUUGUUCAA